AUGGAUCUUCCGCCGACAGUGAUCGAAGAGAAGCGGAGAAACGCGGUCACCGAGCUGUCCUUGGAUAUUCUUCGACCCGACCUCCGCUCGAUCAACGACCUACCCGACGAGCUGCUGCUUGAGAUAGCCAAACACCUUGAGGGCGACAACCCGACGCUUGGCAAUCUGAUUCGGACAUCGCGUCGCUUCAAAGCCAUCGGUGAUGAGCUCCUAUAUCGGACGAUCAGCUUGCCUCGUAACCGAGGUGACAGCGUCAUCUACCUCGUGCGCACCAUCGUUGAAAGACCGGAACUGAGAAGCAAGAUCCGUCAACUAACGUUUUCCACGACCAGCUGGCGUAUCGACAGCAAUGGUGACACUGUGGUAGUCGGAAGCAUAUUCACCAGAACACGUCCAACGACAUCUCGCGACGAGCUUGGAGCUUUGGUGCUACAAAUAUCUAAAAGUCUCGAUAGUCUGAGCAUUCUCGGAGCCGGGAACCCAUUUCAGAGCAUGGAAGAGAUUGAUUGGCGGUGCACUCUGUUACUCGGUCGGCUGAGUUCGCUAGCUGGACUGCUUCUUGCUCUUUGCGACAAUCUUGACAUGCUUUGUAUGGGCAAUUAUCACAGGGACGACAUAGAUAUACCCGCUUUCGACGUCGUUCGCUCGCUUUAUGGCAUCUACAGCGACUUGAUGCAGCUACCACCAAGCCGCUGGUCGGACUUCAAGCAAUUCCACAACGUUAAGCGCCUGAGAGUCUCCGGUUUGAGCAUCGACAUACUGAGAUUCCCAUUCAUCUCCCUCCAAGUCCUCGAGAUCGACUUCUCGUGGGAGUACUUUAGUGAGGAUCUGCCCACUCCGGAGCAUGUCUUCUUCGGCAACAAAUCAACUCGGUGCUUUUUACCCCGCUGUGCCAGCCUCCAUUCACUCAUCAUACGAAGCGACUGGAAUGAGCUAAACGAUAACGCCCAUAUGAGUCAUGGCUACCAGCUUCCUAUCCUGCUACAAGACUUCGCUGGAUCUACCAUCACCCGUCUGGAGAUACUGUUUGUGAGGAGCCCGACUGUUGUCAAGCAGUGGCUGGGUACUUUCGAGCAUAUCGCGCGUGCUCUGAGUGAGGACACAAACGUAUCUGCAAGCUUACAAUUCAUCAAAAUCGACUACGAGGAGUCUGAUCACUUCGAUCCCAGGCGUUGUUUCGGUGGUUGUACGAACCUGCACAGCUUCAGCUCAUUCCGCAAGUUGACGAAGAUGGAGGUUCUGCAAGGUGUACUUGUAUUCGAGGCCCGCAAUACGUUCGGUGAGUUGCACUACUUUAGCGGUGUUAUACCUCCUCCAAGCCUCGAGUCACUCACCGUAAUAUGUCCUACCAAGGCUAUUCUUACAUGGCUCAACAUGAUAGUCGAGCGCAAGACGGAGGUGCCAGCCCUGAAUAAGAUCGUGCUUUUGUGCAGAUGUGGCUACGGUGCUGGACUUAAGGAGUUCGAAGGCGACGUCUCCACAUACGUUUUCGCGCAGCUAAACGACCUUGGUAUCGAUGUGCGUGUGGUUGAAGAGACACCAGGAGCAUUCGCGGCUCUAGCUCGGAAGGAAGGCUCAGUGUGGGAGGCGGACUGGGCCGAAGAUGGAUGGGUGGAUGGGUUGUUCGGUCAGGAUCAGGGUUGA